AAAAUAAGGAAAGAAACCGGCCGCGUCCGAAAUGUCACACGAUCUUCCUAUGUAGAAUGCAGAAGUAGUGUACUAGAUACCGGGCGGUGUGUUAUAGCUCCAGGCUAGUGGUCUACUGGGUGAUUUGAGACGCGGACUUGUGUGUAAUUUGACUCUGCUGCUGCUAAGUGGAGUUUGGUGUUGAGGUGAAGCAGGAUGUGGGGCGAGCAGAUUCGAGGGAUGACUAAGGCUGAGCUGCUCUGCAAAGAUGGCUGUGGGUUUUACGGCAACCCGGCCUGGCAGGGAUACUGCUCCAAGUGCUGGAGAAAGAGGACACGCCAGACCGAACCCAGCAAGGAGGAUCAUGGGCUCCAGGAUGACGGGAGUUCCCAGCUAAAUUCGUCUAAGGCUGAAGAGAAGAAGAAUGUGGAGAAAGGUAGAAGGUCCAGCACCAUCAUGCGUCUCUUCUGGGGGAGUUCUUCUCCCCCACGUCAAGAGUCACCUGAAGGCCAGGAGACGGACUUGAAAGCCUUUCAGAGCCUGGAGCCUGGCGAUUUCCCUGGCUUUCUCAAAGUGCUGCGUAAGCCAUCGUCCCAGCGUCUUCAGUCUCGCUGCACAGCCUUUCUCAACACCAUUGAGGCUUACCGGGAUCUGCCGGUACAGAAACAGUCAGACCUGGUGCAGGAUUUUUACCAUAACAUUGCUGUUAACUUCAGUGGUCUACCCGAGCCGCAGGCUUCUCAGAUGAUGGAGCAUAUCGAGAAGUUGAUCAUGACUCGUCUCCACAAGUGGGUCUUCUGCCAUGACAGCUGUGAUGACGAACAGAAGGAUCUAACACUCCAGAGAAGGAUCAAGUCGUUGAACUGGGUCACUCCUGAGAUGCUGCGCGUGCCUUUUCCUCGGGGCGGCUCAGACACCAGUGAUCCGUAUCUACCUGCGAUUACAGCCAUCAUUGAGAUGGACGCCAAGCGUGCGCCUCAGGAUAAACUGGUCUGUUUGUCCAAGUGCAGCCAGCAUGUUUUUCAAGCACUCGCCUCGGAGAACAGGCAGCCGGCGAACGCAGACGACUUCUUGUCCGCUCUGAUUUACGUGGUGCUGAGAGCCAACCCGCCUCGUUUGCACUCCAACAUAAACUACAUCGUCCGCUUCGGUCUGCCUCACAGCCUGAUGGCAGGGGAGAGCGGCUACUACUUUACAAACCUGUCGUGCACUGUGACUUUUAUCGAGAAGCUGGAUGGCCCGGCUCUUAACCUCACCACGGAGGAGUUUAACAGUUACAUGCAGGGCCGAAGAGCGCCCCCUGAGUCUGUAGAAUGCGCCGGCCAAAGGAGAGCCCAGGAAAACCGAGAGCAGCUGGAGAAACUGAAGAACCGACAGGAGAAGAUUGAUCAGGGUGUCCGUGCUCUUCAGGAACAGAUGGAUAUGUGGGUGCGGUCUGUGCAGGACCAGAUAGAUGAUGUCACGGCUGAGACCGUGUUGGUCCUGAAAGACGAUGUAGCAGAAGCUCAACCUGGAGAGACUGCAUGUUGAAUCAUAGUUGAAGAAAGCAGUUUGUCGCUGUUUGAAUAAAAAAAAAAACACAAAUGAGAAGAAUUGAAACAAAUGAAGAUGGUGGUAAUAGAUGCUUGGGCGUCUCUGUUACUUUGCAGUGGUGCUGCAUUCCAGAAUUUGCCAGAUUGAAAAAAUUUAUUGGCACUGUUUGCACUUAUUACAUACUUAGAUGUAAAUAUUGAUGUAUUGAAUGGAGGACCAGGUUUUUGUUCAGUUUGUCUCACUGCACAUUGUGAUUGCAGAAUGCCUUUUGUAAACACUUUGGUGAACACGAGCUUAUUAUAUAUAUAUAUAUUUAAAAAAAAUUUUUUUUCUUCGAUCAUUUAGUACUGUCUCAGGGUUUCAUUCAUUAGCACACAGCUCAGUCUCCUUCAUCAGUGUGUUAGUUCCUUUUAACUUGCUGGCCAAGGUUUUUAAGCUGCUCGUUAUUUCAUCAGGGAAGAGAAGUUAUUCCUAAGUACAGCCGCGGUACAUCACAGAGUGAUGCACAUAUAUUAGUGAACCCGUCUGAUGUAAACACACGUUUAAGUGUUAAUGUCAGCACUGUUUGUUCCAGAAAGCCUUACGCUACACUAAAAACGCACACUAAAACCUUGGUCUAAAAAAAAAAAAAUCGUGAUGUUUUGUCUUCUGCUGCUUGGCAGAGGGACGGCAUAGCCUGAAAUCACUUCCGGUAAUUAUGCAAAAACCCAUUUAAAAUCUAACAUUAUAAGCUGUGUGUGAAUGCCACCUCGGUUCUGCGUUACCUGAGAGCACCAGUGGAUUUAGUUUAAGAUUUUUAAAUCAUCAUACUACUAUAAAAUUUUCUUCUGGCAAAUUAAUGAAACCUUUUUGUUAAUGAGGUACCUAUGAAGACCUUCAGGUUCUUUUGACAAAAUGUACUUUGCUGCUUGUUUUAUGUCUUGCAUUUAAUUCCUUAUGGACAACAAAACACGCAGAAGCUGGCGCUACGGUGCCAGCUGGAGAUCGAAACAGAUCCUGUACAUGCCUAUGAUGUUGCUCUUGAUGCUCUAUAAUGUAAGCAGUAGUGAGAUUAUUCUGAUCUGCCCUGAAAGAUCAGUCGAUACAGUCCAUUGUUUCGGGAUGUAUGUUUGUUUCUUUGCUGUUUAUCUAGUGAAGUAUGAUGCAGUCUAUGCAGUUGAUAAUGAAGAACUAUGAAAUGGUUUUGUAUUUAUUCUUUUCCCACUCUGGAAUGAAAUUCUGUUUACAUAUUUAAAGUGAAAACUUUGAAAAUAGAAAAGAUAAAUAAAUUAAUGUGAAAAAUGAAA